GGAGUGGCUUUGUGGAGAGUUAUGGAUGCUAAUGUAACCCAUAGGACUGAUAAUGUUGUUGGAUGAGUGGAGUGAGAAAGAGCGUUGACAGACCAUGAUAAAUACGUGAGCUCUAGAUGCAGGAAGUACGGGCCUGUGUAGGUGGUACACUGCCAAAAGCUGCUCUGAAGGAAUCCAAUGCAUUACAGAAUGAAUGAGCUGAACCUUAGCACUGUUGGAAUGGACCAACUGACCUCAUCCUCGGUCGCCAACUCUUUAUCUGUCUCAGGGAGUCAUCUUGGCCUUGCAGGCUCUCCACCACACAACACCCUCGCGGCACCAGGUUUGCCGGUGGCUAUUCCCAAUUUGGGCCCUUCUUUGAGCUCCCUUCCUUCGGCCCUGUCAGUCAUGCUUCCGAUGGGUAUAGGAGACCGAGGAGUGAUGUGCGGGCUACCUGAGAGGAACUACCCCCUGCCACCUCCACCUUACCCACAUCUGGAAAGCAGCUACUUCAGACACAUACUACCUGGAAUCCUCUCCUAUUUAGCAGACAGACCACCUCCCCAAUAUAUACACCCCAGCUCGCUGAACGUGGAUGGUAAUGGUGGCUUAUCUGUUUCAAACAACCCUCCUUCUCUGGACCCCUACCAGCCUGGAGGUACUGUUGACCUGGAAACAAGCAUAGUAUCCCUAGAUUCUCGUUCUGUUGGCGGGCACACUGGCCAGAGCCUUCACCCCAGCGAUGCUCAUGAUGUGCAGCUUGAUACUGGAAUCGGUAUGGAUAAUGUGUCCAGAGUGAAUAGUCCUAUACCAUCUGACCGUAUGACAGAAGAGCUGACGAUGGAAGGGGUCACAAGGGAGCAUGCACAAAUCUCUAGUGUACAGCGCACACAUGAGUCGCUCACUGUAGAUGGCAACCUACCUCCAGAUGCUGUGGGGCAUGCCAGUGUCCUGCCAAUACAUAGUGGCUCACUGGACCUUCCAGUGGUUUUGGACACAGAUCAUCACAUGGCUGCUCGCUCCAGCAUAUCAGAAAGUAGCCUCAGUGACGCUAUCCACACGGUGGGCAUGAGCAGUAACCCAGUUAGUGUGGCAUUAUCUACCUCUCAUCAACUGUCUUCAUUAACAUCUGUGUCUUUGCACGGGACUGGAAUUAGCCUUGAGCCAGUGACUGUGUCUUCCAUUACCCAGGAGGUCCCCAUGGGAGGUGGACAUGUGGACACUGGGAGUCUCACCUUUGUCCCGUCUUCCCUUCAGAUAGAUGCCAACAAGGAAAAUAUGGCAACUAUGUUUACUAUUUGGUGCACACUGUGUGAUAGAGGGUAUCCCUCUGACUGUCCCGAGCACGGUCCUGUCACGUUUAUACCCGACAGUCCCAUUGAGAGUAGGGCGAGACUGUCUCUUCCCAAGCAACUGACCCUGCGACAGUCUGUGACAGGUGCUGAUGUGGGUGUAUGGGCACAGGAGGCUAUACCAGUCAGAACCUGCUUCGGGCCUCUAAUAGGUCAGGAGAGCCAGUCCCUGGAAGUUGCUGGUUGGACAGACAAAUCUGCUAACAACCUCUGGAAGAUUUACCACAAUGGCGUGAUGGAGUUCUGCAUUAUAACAGCAGAUGAAAAUGAAUGUAACUGGAUGAUGUUUGUGCGCAAAGCAAGAAACCCAGAGGAGCAGAACCUUGUCGCGUUCCCACUCGAUGGGAAGAUUUACUUCUGCACUUCUCAGGACAUCCAACCUCAAGAGGAGCUCCAGUUCUAUUACAGCCGUCACUAUGCGCGACAGAUGGGUAUCCCAGAACAGCCAGAGCUGCUGUUGUGUCACUGUGGGAAGGAAUUCUCCUUUUACUCAGACUUUAAGUCUCACCUAAACAGUCACGUAAAUAACCAUCUGCCUAGUGAGACACUUAGCAGCGGAACUGCUAACCACAGCCUGACCCCCAGCAAGGAUCGCAAGUGGAAGUGUUCUAUGUGUCCUCGAGCUUUUUCAUCUUCCUCCAAGCUGAAUGUGCACUACAUGGGUCACAUGGGCAUGAAACCUCACAAGUGUGAGUUCUGCAGUAAGGCAUUUAGCGACCCCAGCAAUCUGCGCGCACACCUCCUCAUACAUACUGGCCAAAAAAAUUACCGCUGUGGGUUAUGUGACAAAUCCUUUACCCAGAAAGCUCAUCUAGCUUCACACAUGGUCAUUCAUACCGGGGAGAAGAAUCUGAAAUGCGACUUCUGUGAGAAGAUGUUUAUGAGAAGACAGGACCUGAAGCAGCACGUGCUAACACAUACCAGAGAACGCCAGAUUAAGUGUCCCAAAUGUGAAAAGCACUUUUGUCGGACAAAUCAUCUAAAGAAACACCUAAACUCUCACGAAGGGAAGAGGGACUAUGUAUGUGAGAAAUGCUCCAAAGCUUUCCUGACAAAGUACCACCUCACCAGGCACCUCAAGAUCUGCAAGGGUCCGAGCAACACCCCCCUAACUCCUGAACCAGAUGAGGACGACGAGGACUCAGAGGAUGAAGAGUUAUUAGGUUCAGACUGCCAUGUUUUUACAACAGAUGGGGCCCUCCCAGUGCCCACGUGACAUAAAAGCACUGCUUUGAACAAACUAUUUAUUUAUUUAUGUUGCUCCGGUGAGCACCUUUUUAAAUUAACUGUGAGACUGAGUUAUCGUUCGUUGAACUCCUAAACAGUAUAAUACGUGCGGAGGAUUUCUCACACAGGAACUUCUUUAUGACUGGCUUCAACCUUUAUAAAAGGAAGCCUUAAAUGUUAAAGAUGUGUAUAUAUAGUGAAGUAUAUAUAAAGAAAUGAAAUAACAAAGGGAA